AGACAGGAUAAACAGAUGGUCCAUGUGCUUAGGAUGCCCAGAGCAGGUGCUUGUAGUAGGGGCUGAGUAAGAAUUUCUACUUGAACACCUCUUCGUACAUCACACCAAGCAGUCUCUAUGCACUAACACAUUUUUUAUUGCAUGGACGGCAGAAGGCAGCAGCCCCAUUCCAAGUAGCACCAGCCCCACAAUGUCAUGGACACAUUAUCAGAGGCAGCCACCAGCUCCAGAAACCACCCUAUAGCUAUAAAAGUCAUGUCACAAGAACACAUAGGGGUGGUUGUGUUCCAGAAUGAACUUGGUGUCAUGGCAACCUGGAACGAAGACCAGGAAGGCAGUGCCAGCAAGAGAUCACCGCUAGGGUACAAGAGUGACCAAGAGCUGUGGCAGAUAGAAGACUAUGGGGAUGGAUGGCAGCGGCUGCUCCCCUACCUCCCAGCUAUACACAGGAACAAGCAAAGCAAGACAAGGACACAGCCAGACAUAAACACACUCCUGUACUCACCGGCUUCUGUCUUCUGAAAAGAGGGCCAUGCACUCAAGGAUAGCCUCCGGCCCAAAUGAGGGUGCUGACACAGGACUUCCUGACUGCACUGGAAAUUUCAACACACGGCCGUAGAAACAGCUGGAAAAAUAGUAAACUCAAAAAAAAGGCCGCACAGGGGAGGGCAGCACAUGGAAGCAGGGCACCUGGCUGCUCCUUUAUUCCUUCCUAUCUGCCUUGUGGAUGGGCAUCUGCACAAGAUGGAACCAGAGAGGACUCACGCCUAUCCCCAGCCCGCUAAGUCGUGUCCAUGCACCACACAAAAAAGGUGCUGGAAUUAGACCUGAAAUAUUGAACACAGAACAAGGGAAAGGGCCAGCAGAUGAGCAAGCAGAUGGGCAUCUGCACAAGAUGGAACCAGAGAGGACUCACGCCUAUCCUCAGCCCGCUAAGUAGUCCCCAUGCUCCACACACAAUAGGUGCUGGCAUUGGACCUGAAAUAUUGAACACACGACAAGGGAAAGGGCUAGUUGAUGAGCAAGCAAGUGAGCAGGGCCACGCAGGGGAGGGCAGCACAUGGAAGCAGGGCACCUGGCUGCUCCUUCAUUCCUUCCCAUCUGCCUUGCAGAUGGGCAUCUGCACAAGAUGGAACCAGAGAGGACACACGCCUAUCCUCAGCCCGCUAAGUAGUCCCCAUGCUCCACACACAAUAGAUGGGCAUCUGCACAAGAUGGAACCAGAGAGGACUCACGCCUAUCCCCAGCCCGCUAAGUCGUGUCCAUGCACCACACAAAAAAGAUACUCUGGCCCCUCUACAGAUGCUGGCAUUGGACCUGAAGCUUUCAACACACGACAAGGGACAGGGCUAGUUGAUGAGCAAGCAAGUGAGCAGGGCCACGCACGAGAGGGCUGCACAUGGAAGCAGGGCACGUGGCUGCUCCUUUAUUCCUUCCCAUCUGCCUUGCAGAUGGGCAUCCGCACAAGAUGGAACCAGAGAGGACUCACGCCUAUCCCCAGCCCGCUAAGUCGUGUCCAUGCACCACACAAAAAAGGUGCUGGCAUUGAACCUGAAAUUUUCAACACACAACAAGGGAAAGGGCUGGCAGAUGAGCAAGCAGGUGAGAAGGGCCACGCACGAGAGGACAGCACAUGGAAGCAGGGCACCUGGCUGCUCCUUCAUAUCUUCCCAUCUGCCUUGCAGAUGGGCAUCUGCACAAGAUGGAACCAGAAUAGCACACAUGCCUAUCCUAAGCCAUCUAAGUCGUCUCCGUGCUCUACACAGAAAAGACACCAGGGACUUCACCAGACAGCCAUGAUUUUUCAAAUAUGAUGGGGAGCGGCUCGGACACCACUUCAGUCUUUCAGAACCCUAGGAUGGAUAUCAUUUGGCCCCAUGGACUUCUUUACCUUCAGUUUCAUGAGGAGAUCUCAGACUUAUUCCACUGUUACAGUGGGACAGAAUCCUCUACUCUCACCCACACCUAGAGCUUCAGGGUCCUGGCAGAUACGGGGAGGAGCUUGACCACCUGUGAAGACCGAGGCAAAGCAUUUAUUGAGCACCUGGGCUUUUUCCAUGUCUGAGGAAGCCAGUUCUCUGGUUUCUUUUAUCAGAGGGGAAACAAUCUCCUUGUUCUGUAUGUAUUCGUAGAACCUCUUGUUAUUUUUCACAUCCCUCACUAAGUUCACCUCUGUGCCUUGGCUUUCCUGAUCUUAUUUCUAUACAUGCAGACAAUGUUCCUAUAUUCUUUCCAGGCUACAGAACCCUCCUUUCCUGCCGCAGCAAUCCUCAUUUUGAUGGUUGCACGUGUGUGCUUGAGUAGAGUUCCAAAGAAGGGCAGGAGAGUGGGCAGAUUGGGAUAGAGUCCUGACUAUGCCUAGUGGGAGCAAAAUGUGGGUGAGAUUUUUCCAAAUUUUGAAAUGAGGGGAUUGAUUCCUCUCCAUGGAUUUGGUUAGUCAUUCCUGCCUAAACUUAGCAGUGCUUAAUGCCCUUUGUGUGUAAAAGUCAGAAGCACAGAAUAAUCCAGGCUGGUAGAGACAUUAAAGGGCCUCUGGUGCAACUCCCUGCUCAGAGCAGGACCAUCUCAGAAUCACACUAAAUUGUCUCCUGUCCUGCUGUUUGACUGCCUUCCUGGGGAAACCAUACCUCCUUAUAUCCAGCCUGAAAUUUUCACUCUGUUAUGCCCCUUGUCCUCCUGCUAAGUAUCACUAUCUCCAUCUUCUUUAUGAACUCAGUGUAUGUACCAGAGCUUGUUGACUUGUCCCCCUGGCGCAACUCUCUUCUCCAGAUUAACAGAGUCCCAUUCCAUCAGCCUCUCCUCCGUUGUUCUUUUCGUUGUUCUUACUGUUGUUUGCACUGAACAUUUUUGAGAAUUCUGCUCCCUCACAAGCAGGGCUAGAAAUGACCCAAGUGCUCAGAAGUUGUUAAAGGGAAUUGCUGAACAAACAGAAGAAUAGUGAGACACAUCAUU